AUGAAUCGUUAUCAACUUGAAACAGUGACUUUGGUUGACGCGCAAUGCGGCGAAAAUCAAGUUUGGGAUAAUUGUGGUAGUAGCUGUCCAACGACUUGCGAAGAUUCUGGUCCAAAAACAUGUAUCAUGAUUCAAAUAUUAUACACAAAAUCAGAUGAAGGUUGUAUGAUAACAAGGGAACAUACCUUGUCAACCUUAAUGCAUCCCGUGAAGGUUGUACCAAGUUUCUGGCAAUGUGUUGCUGGCUGCACAUGUAAGGAAGGAUUUGUUAAAAACAGUGUUGGAGCUUGCGUCUCGCCAUCUCAGUGUUAA